AUGCUUCGAUUUACUCUUCUCGCAUGUCUUCUCAUUUUCUCUUUUGGUCUUCCCUCUACUUCUUCAGCUCGACCAGCACCAUAUGCAUUACGGAUUAGUUGUGGAGCUAGGCAAAACGUUCGAACGCCACCAACUUAUGCACUUUGGUACAAAGAUAUUGCUUAUACAGGAGGAAUCCCUGCCAAUGCUACAGCACCUAGUUACAUAACUCCUCCAUUGAAAACGCUUCGGUAUUUUCCGAUUUCCGAAGGUCCGAAUAAUUGCUACGAUAUUGUACGAGUGCCAAAGGGACAUUACUCCGUGAGGAUUUUCUUUGGAUUGAUUAACCAGCCUAAUUUCGAUAAAGAGCCUCUUUUCGACAUAUCUAUUGAAGGAACUCAGAUUUCUUCUUUGAAAUCUGGUUGGAGUAGUCAUGAUGACCAAGUAUUUGCCGAGGCACUCAUUUUUCUUUUAGGUGGUACAUGUACAAUAUGUUUUCAUAGCACUGGUCAUGGGGAUCCCGCGAUCAUUUCUAUUGAAAUUCUUCAGGUUGAUGAUAAAGCUUACAAUUUUGGUCAAGGUUGGGGCCAAGGAGUGAUUCUAAGAACAGCUACAAGGUUGACUGUUGGUACCGGGAAGCCGAGGUUUGAUGAAGACUAUAGUGGAGAUCAUUGGGGUGGUGAUAGGUUUUGGAAUCCGAUGAGAUCUUUGGGUAAGAAUGCUGAUUCUCAAAGAUCAACUGAGAAUGCAAUUAAGCAAGCCUCUACCUCGCCAAACUUUUAUCCUGAAGCACUAUAUCAAUCAGCACUAGUUAGCACGGACGACCAACCCGAUUUAACAUUCAGCUUGGAUGUCGAACCCAACAGAAAUUAUUCGGUAUGGCUUCACUUUGCGGAGAUUGAUGCCACAAUCACUGUUGAAGGAAAACGAGUGUUUGAUGUCGUAAUAAAUGGCGACACUGUCUUUGAAGAUGUAGAUGUCAUAAAGAUGAGUGGUGGUCGAUAUGCAGCACUUGUUCUCAAUUCAACAGUGACUGUGAGUGGAAGAACAUUGACUGUUGUUCUACAGCCCAAGGCUGGCGGUCAUGCUAUUAUCAAUGCCAUCGAGGUCUUUGAAGUCAUAACCGCUGAGUUUAAAACAUUACGGGAUGAAGUCGGUGCGCUGCAGAAAAUGAAAAAAGCUUUAGGGCUUCCUUCAAGGUUUGGAUGGAAUGGUGAUCCAUGUGUUCCCCCACAACAUCCAUGGAGCGGAGCUGAUUGUCAGCUGGACAAGAACACCAGCAGAUGGUUCAUUGACGGACUUGAUCUUGAUAACCAAGGUCUGAAGGGUUUCCUACCGAACGACAUAUCAAAGCUAAAACAUCUUCAGAGCAUAAACUUGAGUGAAAACAGCAUUCGUGGAGGAAUACCUGCAUCGCUUGGAAGCAUUACGAGCUUGGAAGUGUUGGAUCUCUCCUACAAUUCUUUCAAUGGAUCUAUCCCUGAAACCUUAGGAGAGUUAACAUCCCUACGGAUUCUGAAUCUCAAUGGAAACUACUUGUCAGGAAAAGUUCCAGAUGCUGUAGGUGGAAGACUGUUGCACAGAGCAAGCUUCAACUUCACAGAUAACGCAGGUCUUUGCGGAAUCCCUGGACUUCCAGCUUGCGGGCCUCACCUUACUUCUGGAGCCAAGAUCGGGAUUGCAUUUGGUGUUAGUCUAGCAUUCCUAUUCAUAGUUGCUUGUGCAAUGAUUUGGUGGAAAAGACGACAAAACAUUCUUCGGGCACAGCAGAUUGCAGCAAGAGGAGCUCCUUAUGCGAAAAAGAGAACACAUGUAUCUCAUGACAUACAAAUGACACGGCAUGGGCAGAAUAACCACGGCCAAGCUCGUACUGCUGUCGAAAAUGGACCGAGCUUGUUGUCCUGA